UCCUUCCCUACAUUGAAUUGCAGAGGACAUAAUUUUAUUUUAUUUAAAAAAGAAGUAAAAACAGUGAGAAAUACUCUGCUAUGGAGGAAUUUUCGGUGGACGAUCCAACUCAGUUGCUCGAAGCAGCUUCAGAGUACGCAUUUUAUCCUGGUGUUAAAAAUGAUGUUUCGACGAAGGGCUUCCUCAAUCGCUUUCCCCUUCCAGUCAUUAUCAAUGCUUUGCAAACCAAAGCAGAUGUGCCUGGUCUAGAAAACACCUUGGUUGCUUGCUUGGAAAGGAUAUUCAAAACGAAGUAUGGUGCCUCUCUUAUACCACUAUACAUGGAUUUUGUCAAGGUUGGUCUUAGGGCGGAUUCUCAAGUAGUCAGAUGUCUAGCUUGUAAAACGGUUACAUGCCUCCUGGAAAAUUUGAAGGAAGAAAGUGUUUCUGGUGUUCAGCUUAUAAGUGACUAUGAUGUAUAUCCACUUCUGCUCGAUUGUGUCAUUAAUGGCAAUGAGCAAGUGUCGACUGCAUCAAUGGAUGCAAUUAAGACAUUAGCCGGUUUUCCACAAGGCAAGGAGAUUGUCUUCCCAACUAAUAGCAAUGAAGCCACACAUCUUGGAGUGUUAGCAGCCCAGUGCUCAUCCUUGGGGCAGGUUCGAGUUUUAGCUUUGAUAGUGAAGUUAUUCUCUGUCUCCAGUGAUGUGGCGUCAUUAAUAUACAAAUCGAAUCUACUUACACUUUUUGAGGAGGAAAUCAAGAAUAUAGAUGACACACUUGUAACAAUGAGUGUUUUAGAGCUUUUGUAUGAGCUGUCAGAAAUCCAGCAUGGUAGGGAGUUUUUGUCGGGGAACACCCUUCUGCAGCUUCUUAGUUCUAUAAUCAGCAAUAAAUCAAUUGGAUCAAUUAUAAGGUCAAGAGCAAUGAUGAUCAGUGGAAGACUCCUGCAGAACAAUUACAUGUUUGUUGAUAAAUUGAGCUUCCAAACUGUAAUAUCAGCAAUAGAUAGAAUACUUGACUCAGAAGAAACUGAAGAUACAGAUGAAAUCGAAGCAGCUCUCGAGGCAGUAGGCCAAAUAGGAUCUUCAAUCCAAGGAGCGGAGCUGCUACUAUUAGGUUCGCCACCUUCUGCAAAACAUGUCAUUGAUGCUGCCUUUGAUCGACAAGGGCAUGGUAAACAGCUUGCUGCUUUGCAUGCCCUUGGGAACAUCUCUGGAGAAACUCGCACAGAGAACACCAUGAUGUUGAAUAACAAUGCAGAAGAAAGCCUAAGGAGAUUAAUUUACGAAUCAUCAUCCAAGACUACAAAACUGACAGUAUCAGGUGUUCUUUUAUCUCUUCUUCGUCAAGAUUCAGAAAUUCGUCUGGGGGUUUACAGGUUGAUUACUGGGUUUGUGGUUCGCCCUUGGUUCCUGAUGGAGAUUUGCUCAAAACAAGAGAUAAUAAAUACAUUAACAGACGGAAAUACUGAGACCGUGAAAAUAGGUAUGGAAGCUAGGUAUAAGUGUUGCAAGGCAAUCCAGAAGGCUCUUUUGUCAUCUGGUAAAGUUAUCAGUGACGCUUCUCGUGAUGCCAUAGCUGAAAAGCUACAUGAAUUUGUUAAGUUGGGUCCCUAUCUUACCAAAAAGCAUGAAGCUCAGCCUAUGGUCGCGACAGCCGAUAGGUUCUGACUUACUAUGCUACAAAUUGCGAAGCAGAUAUUAG